AAACGUCCAAGGUUAGCAUAAAAGCCGCCCACCCUCCGCCUCCCACUCCAACCAUCGCCCCUUUCCUCUUCCUCUCCUCUCCAAGCAACAAGCAGCGCAGCCUGCUCUGCUCUUCCUCCUCCAGCCGCCGCCGCAGCUUACCCUAUAAAUUCUCCGCUUCGCCACAACCAGCCUCAGAAUCCCCGACGCCAACCGCCGCUCUUCCUCUUCACGCUCGCGCUUAAUUCUCCUACACCCGUAGCUGCGCCUGCGUGCGUUUUCUUUCCUAGAGUAAUCCAGCCAAGGAGCGGCCCUUCGCCCAAUCGCCCAUGUCAGUGCGUUUGGCGGCGCCUUUGCCGGCGUCGGAGAAGAUGACAACGAUGUCUACGGCGGCGCCCGCGGCGUGGCCGUACGUGGAGUACAUGGCGCGGUGGGAGCGUCAGGUGGAGCGGCGGCAGCUGUUCCUCCGGAGCUACCACUUCUCCCGGGACGCCGACCUCUCGCCGCGCGCGCGCACCCGCCGCGUCGUCUGGGCCGGGGCGCGCCGCCUCCGCCGCGCCGCCGCCACGGGGCUCCGCCGCCUCCGCGCGCGCCUCCGCCUCUGCUUCGCCUGGGCCACGCUCCGCCGCCGUCGGUCCCACUCCCUCGGCGGCUUCCGCUACGGCCGCCUCCCCCGCGCCGGGAAGCCCUCCAAGCCCGCCGCGUCCGUCUGCUUCUGGUAGCCGAUCGCGGGUGAGCGGCGUGCAUAGUGAGCCAACGCGGCACCGCUUGUUGGCUUCUUAGAUUGGCGUCUGUCUGAGUCUCUGAGACAAGGCGAACUAAGUUAAUUCAGCUUAACUACGUGGUAAAGAAUUAGCCGGUGAAUGCUAGCAGUGGUUUCUACUCUACUCCAUGGAUUGAGGAGUUCGUCGUUGCUUGACUAGAGAGGAUGAACAGGGCUCCUGUUACUUAGGGGAUUGAUUAAUCAUGUUCAUGUUUUUUGCGUUCUUUUGAUAUUUAUUACUCUGAAUUGAAUGGAUGAUCUGUGUAUUUUGCCGAACCAAUCUCUCUCGAAAAGAAAGAAAAAUAAAUCAUCUCUGUUCCUCUGUUCUUGGGGGGCGUUUGAUGUCCAA